GGAGCCGGAGCCGGAGCUGGAGGCGGGCGAAACCGGAGCGGCCGGGGGCGGCCACGGUGAUGAGCCGGGCCUGGCGGACGCGGCGCCAUCGCAGUCAGGGGGAAGAGGCCCGGCACAGGGGACCUGCUGAGCCACGGCUGCUCCGCUCCAUGCUGGCUGCGCUGUCAGGCUGGCGCCAUGCCCCCCCCUGCAGAGGUGACGGACCCGUCCCAUGCCCCCGCCGUCCUGCGCCAGCUCAAUGAGCAGCGGCUCCGUGGCCUUUUCUGUGACGUCACCCUCAUAGCCGGAGACACCAAGUUCCCUGCUCACCGCAGCGUCCUGGCUGCUUCUAGUCCCUUCUUCAGAGAGGCCCUGCUCGCUUCGGCGCCACUGCCCCUCCCACCACUUACUGGGGGCUCAGCUCCCAACCCUGCUACCACCACAGCUGCCUCCUCCUCCUCCUCCUCCUCCUCCUCCUCCACCUCCUCCUCCUCUCCCCCUCCAGCCUCUCCCCCUGCUUCCCCCCCACCCCGGGUCCUGGAGCUGCCAGGGGUCCCAGCAGCGGCCUUCUCUGAUGUCCUCAACUUCAUCUACAGUGCCCGGCUGGCGCUCCCUGCUGGUGGCGGGGACGGGGCCGCCGUGGCCGAGAUCGGAGCUCUGGGGCGGCGUCUGGGCAUCUCCCGCUUGCAGGGCCUGGGGGAGGGAGGCGAUGCCUGGGUACCUCCUGCCCCAGCCCCUGUGGCCCCCUCGCAGCCUGAAGAGGGCGGCUUCGGGCCUAGACCAGCUGGAGAGUGGGAGGGUGACGGGGCCGAGGCCCAGGCCCCUGACUCCCAGCCCUCUCUGUCCCGGAGGUCCCUGCCCUGCCCCCGAUGUGGAAAAAGCUUCAUCCAUCCCAAGCGGCUGCAGACCCACGAGGCCCAAUGCCGCCGGGGGGCCAGCACGCGGGGGGCUGCAGGGCUGGGCCCCGGGAGUUCUGGCCCCGGUGGUCCCGCAGGAGUGGACGCCUCAGCGCUGCCCCCGCCGGUGGGCUUCCGAGGUGGCCCUGAGCACGUGGUGAAGGUGGUGGGUGGCCAUGUGCUGUACGUGUGCGCGGCCUGCGAGCGUUCCUACGUGACCCUGUCCAGCCUGAAGCGACACAGCAACGUCCACUCGUGGCGGAGGAAGUACCCCUGCCGCUACUGCGAGAAGGUGUUCGCCCUGGCUGAGUACCGCACCAAGCACGAGGUGUGGCACACCGGGGAGCGCAGGUACCAGUGCAUCUUCUGCUGGGAGACUUUUGUCACUUAUUAUAACCUGAAGACCCACCAGCGAGCCUUCCAUGGCAUUAGCCCGGGCCUCCUGGCCAGUGAGAAGACACCCAAUGGAGGCUACAAGCCCAAGCUCAAUACCCUCAAGCUGUACCGCCUGCUCCCCAUGCGGGCAGCCAAGCGGCCCUACAAGACCUACAGCCAGGGGGCCCCUGAGGCCCAGCUCUCUCCAAGCCUCCGUACUCCGGCCCCCGUGGCAAUGCCAGCCAGCUCCCCUCCCAGACCCCCACCUGCCCCCGAGCCUGGCCCCCCGCCCUCUGUCAUCACGUUCGCUCACCCGGCCCCCUCUGUCAUUGUCCAUGGGAGCAGUAGCAGUGGUGGGGCAGGAGGUGGGCCAGCAAGCACUGGAGGGUCCCAGGCCGCCUCCGUCAUCACUUACACUGCUCCCCCAAGACCCCCCAAGAAGCGGGAGUACCCACCCCCACCUCCUGAGCCUGCAGCCACACCCACGGGCCCUGCCACUGCUGUUUGCCCAGCCACCCCGGCAGGGCCAGCCUCGGCCUCUGCGGAGGAGGCCAAGGGCCGGAAUCCCCGGGCGGGGAGGACCCUGACAUACACAGCCAAGCCCGUGGGCGGGGUUGGUGGGGGCGGGGGUCCCCCCACAGGCCCUGGCCGGGUCCCCUCUCAGCUACAGGCUCCGCCUCCACUGUGUCAGAUCACUGUGCGAAUUGGGGAGGAGGCCAUUGUCAAGCGCCGCAUCUCAGAAACUGACCUGCGUCCUGGGGAGCUGAGCGGAGAGGAGGUGGAGGAGAGUGAGGAGGAGGAGGACGAGGAGGAGGACGAGGAGGACGAGGAGGACGAGGAGGAAUCGAAGGCUGGUGGGGAGGACCAGCUCUGGAGGCCCUACUACUCCUAUAAGCCUAAGCGCAAGGCCGGAGCCGCUGGCGGCAGCGGCGGCGGGGUGCCCCGGAGCCGCCGGCUCCCGCGCUGGAGGCAGAAGCUGGAACGGAGGAGCUGGGAGGAGACCCCAGCGGCGGCGGCGGCGGCGGCGGAGGGCCCGGCAGGGCGGGCCCGCGGCGAGCGGAGGCACCGCUGCGGGGACUGCGCCCAGACCUUCGCCACCUUGAGGAAGCUGCGCAAGCACCAGGAGGCCCACAGCGGGGGCUCGCACGGCUCCCGGGCCGGCCGGAGGCCCUCCACCCGCUUCGCCUGCCCGCAGUGCGCCAAGGUGUGCAAGACGGCAGCCGCCCUGAGCCGCCACGGGCAGAGGCACGCGGCCGAGCGGCCUGGGGGCGCGCCCACCCCCGUCAUCGCCUAUUCCAAGGGCAGCGCUGGCCCCAGGCCCGGCGAGGUCAAGGAGGAGGCCCCGCAGGAGAUGCAAGUCUCCUCCUCCAGCGGCGAGGCGGGCGGCGGGAGCGCGGCUGCGGAGGAAGCUUCCGAAACCGCUUCGCUCCAGGACCCGGUCAUCUCGGGGGGUGAGGAGCCCCCGGUGGCGGCAGGGGCGGGCAGCUACGCGUACCAGCCCGUGCAGGAAUUUCCACUGGCUCUGAUUGGGAGCGGCCGGGAGCCCGGCGGUGGCCGGGUGAAACCUGGGAGUGAGGGGCCAGUGGGAGCCCCAGAGGGGGACCGGAUGGAAGGGAUGGGGGCUGCCAAAGUCACCUUCUACCCUGAGCCCUAUCCACUGGUCUAUGGCCCCCAGCUCCUUGCCGCCUACCCGUACAACUUCAGCAACCUGGCUGCUCUCCCAGUCGCUCUCAACAUGGUCCUACCUGAUGAGAAGGGUGGAGGGGCCCUUCCCUUCCUACCGGGGGUCUUUGGCUACGCAGUGAAUCCUCAAGCAGCACCCCCUACUCCCCCGACUCCACCUCCCCUAACUCUUCCCCCACCAAUCCCCCCUAAGGGAGAAGGAGAAAGGGCAGGGGUUGAGAGAACCCAGAAGGGAGAUGUGGGGUGAGCUCUGGGGCCAGACCCCCCUUUCACCAGAUGCCACCCUCCCUGCACCCCCCACCACUACAGCUUCCUGGCCUCCCUGGCCCUUGGGAGCCCCUCCACACUCUUGUGCAGGGACUCGGGGGGCCCCUGGAGCUCAGGGGCCAGGCUGCUUUGUGUGAGAUUGUAGUUUUCCCAUCUCCUAGGAAGGGAUCUUUGGUGGUUCCCCCUCUCGAUCUUCCUCCAGGGAAUGGCCCCCAAGAGGGGCAAGGGCCAGCUCCCAUCCUUCUCAGCCCUCGGGGCACUGAGCAAUAUACUUAUCUGAAUCUCUACUCACAGCCCCCACCAGCUCUGAAUGUCUAACCUGCUCCCCUGAUUCGCAAACUUAGGGGGAAACCAUGGCUCUCACCUAAGGAGUGCCCCUAGUUCUCCGAAGCCUUCUCUAAGCCCCGCCCCAGAUGCUUCCUAGCACAUUCCAUUCUUUGUGGCCCAGAGCCUGGACCAGACCAUUGUGAUGCCCGACCCCCUCCCGUGGGAGCAGGGGUUUCCUCCCGUUGCUUGGAGAGGUCACGCCUUCCUUGGCUUCCAUGCCUUCGGAGCUUCCAUACUCCUCCCCACCCUCCUAGACUUCGGGGACAGCCUCUCCCAGUCCAGGUCAGGGCGGUGUUGAGGGAAGGGCUACCUUUCUGUUCCUGUCACCUGGGGCAGGGAAAGCACGGCCCUAUCUUGACCUCCAAAUCCAGUGAACCCCAGAUACUUCCAAGGCAAAGGAGGUGAAUAGAUCACACCUCUUCCUGCCUCUACGUAGAGCCUCUUCUGGGCUAAACCAGAUUUGGGGGCCAGAAGGGAAGAAAUCCACAUGGGUUGGAGAAGGGAAGCUACUUCCUCCCUGUUUUUUUUUCCCGCUGGUUUCUCCCAGACUAGACCAAAUAGCCAGAAAAAUGAUGGGGGGCUGGAUGGGUGGGUUACGCCCAAGAUUUGCACAUGACCUUCCAUCCUCACCGUUACCCCGUCUUUCCCAGUGUCGCUGCCCUCACCGAUCACUCCAGAUGGUUUUGGGGGAACCAUCCUAUCCUCCCGGUGGGCUUUGGGGUAUUCCCACCGGUUUUUCCCUCCAAAAUAGCACCUUACACCCCAUCUUUGACUCAGUUCCCCACACCCAAAGAUCCCAGCUUAGGGAUGGGGUGCAGGGACCUGCAGUAGUCCCUGACCCCUAAUUUGCACUAGUUAACCCUGGUCAGGGUCCCUGUACUUCCUUCCAGUGGGGGAGAUGAGGAAACCCUUGCUCCUGAUUCUCUGAAAACUGGGCCUCCCGCUCUGUGAUGGGAUGGACAUUUCCCAUCCUACCCACCACCUCCUACCCUGCAAAACAAAAGACAAAAAAAUAAAUAAAAAACAGCUCACAAAGGGGAGAGCCAGUUUAGGGGAGCAAAUUUAACACACGGGGAUUAGAGGAGUGCAGUUUCAAAAGGGGAAAAGUUGCUGCCACCAAAGUGGCCGCCUUUGACCCAGCUACUGUUUUUGUUGUUGUUGUUUUUUUGUUUUGUUUUGUUUUUGUUUUUUUGGGGUGGGAAGGGGGGCCAAGAUGGCUGCCCUCUCAGCAGAUGCUCAGAGGGCAAGAUGGUGGCUUUUGGAGGGCAGUGGUCCUGGGGGAGGGCCAGGAGCGUCCUCCCGCCCUCCCAGCGUAGAGGAAGGGGGAGAUUUGCGAGAGGCUCCCUGAAUGUUGACCACGGAGGAGUCACUCCUUCAGUCCUCCUCUGUCUCUUUGCACUUUCUUGGUGUUGGCCACAACCUGAGUGAAGAAUUUCCUACUGAAUGUACCAAGUUCCAAUUUUUAAGGGAGGGGGCGGGGAGUUUCAAACAGGGAAAAAGAACGCAAAAAAAGAAAAAAAAAAAAAAGAAAAAAAAUCACUAAAAAUUCCCACAAGUCUUGUUUCUGGCACUUUAGAAAAACUGCGGAAAAAGUACAUAAUAAAGAAUACAUAUAUAUA